CCUCGUGGCUCGCAUCAGUCGCUCGCGCGGGAACCGACAACUCGCCGCCUCCUUCGUGCUCUACAUUCUUACUAACACGCAAUUAAAAUCUCAGCCAAAUAUGCAAAGUGAAAAAUAUACAAGUAACGCGGUGUAAACGAACCUACGGCUACGAAAGUGUAUGAGUGUCUACCGCGGUUAGAACUUCAAAAUAGUUUACGUUACGAGUAUUUAAGUUGUUUAGUUAGUGUUGACCGCGAACACCACUCUCGUAAGGGUUGCUGUAGAUAGUGCGAUGGUGACGUGAGCCGCGGUCAUGCGGUGGCCAGCGUGGUGGCACAUAGUGGUGGCGCUGCGGGCGGCGGCGCUCGCGCAGCCAGCCUCGCCGACUGUCUGCGAGGAUGACGCCUGUCGCUGCGAUUCCUUCACCCGAGUCAUAUGCAGCUGUACUGCCGAUGCCGAUACGGUGACUCUCAGGCCAGACGGUGCGUUUAGGGUGCCGGCGAUGGCCACUGCCAUCAUGGUGGAGGGGUGUGAGCGCGUGCAAUUCCUGUCCGACACUGUGCGCCACCUGGGGCGGCUACGGCUCGUCGACGUCAGGAAUUCCCGCCACGUCCUCAUAAACAACCGGGCCCUCAACCGACCUCCCCUGGGAAACAACCCCGACUUAGAAAACAACCCUGGAAUUCGCAUAGUGAUACACAAUAGCACUAUCGACAUAAUCGGUUCAUAUGCUAUCCAGGGAAGAGUUGACAGCAUCGUCAUAAGCGAUAGCAGAAUCAAAUUCAUUGAACCUUACGCUUUUUCUAGUCUCAUCGGAGUUACAAACGUGGAACUCUCUAACAAUCACUUUGUAGUCUUAGCUACUCAAAUUUUUAAGAAAUUCACGACUUCUAAUUUCGUGUUACGCGGUGGUGUGAUACACACGCUACCCAGUAGAUUUUUGUCGGACGUCGAAGUGACUAGUCUAUUCCGUAUGGAGGGAGUAUUAGUAGAAUACAUGUUUAGUUCAGCAUUUAGAGUGACUCUACCAGAGAGAGUGCUCAUAGAGAGUAAUACUAUCGGAGUGAUGGACGGCGAUUGUUUUCAUAUUGCGUCUAGAGGGCCAAUCACGUUUCGUAACAACACCGUCACAGGUGUAAGAAAAGGAGCGUUUCUUGGAUUCAGUGCACUACCAGAGGUGACCUCCGUAAAAGGGCAACAGGAGCUCCUACUAGAUAAUAACAUCAUGACAGAACUGAUGCCGUCGUCUCUGGUGUACGAUACGCGAACUUUGACCAUGCGCGUGGACGGUCUCAACCUGAACACAACGUGCUCGUGCGAGCUUGCUGACGAGUGGCGCGACGUGCUGCACGACCAGGGCGGCGCCGGCGGCCUCAGCUGCUGGUACUCCCUCGAAGGGUACUUCGUAUCCCUGCCCACGUUCGUCGACAGCCGAUGCGGCAAGUUCAAGCAAAACUUUUGGAUUUACGUAGCUGUAGGAGUCAUAGUUAUAUUGAUCAUCGCGGCGCUCGGUGUGUAUUUCAUAGUGAAAAGAGAAAAUGAAAAGAAGAAGAAGGUUCAAAUUGUGAUGCCGGACGGUAAAACGUACAGGGAGACAGAGUUCCACAUCGUGGUGGAGCGCGCGGAUCUGCUCACGACGGACUUAUAGGGAAGUUUAUAGGUCAAUUGAUCACUGCCAGUGGAUGCACCGGUGACAAGUGAUAAAACGAGCGUGUGGUUCGUCGGACCAUUCGCAUGGAACAUUCUCCGAAUGAUUAUCAAUUAAUGUUUAUAGGUUGGUCGGUGCUACCUCAAUCGAUCAGUCAGUUCAGUGCCAAGCUAGUUUAUAAUGUCCAUCAGUAUUAUGCGAUUCAAUGAAAUGAAAUGUUAAUAUGUUAUCGCAUGAAUUUAUUUUUGUACGUGUAUGAUAAAUUAAAUAAAAAUACAAAUUUUA